AUGAGUAGCCCUAACAAGAGUAAUAGUAGGGGAUCUAAGUCAACGUAGAAGCUUGAAGUUAUAGAUAAUAUUAUAGAGAGAAAAAUAGGUUUUGGAUUAUAUCAAAAAAGAGCAUUAGGUUAUUUGUGUUUAAUUGAUUUCAACGAUGGACUCGAAUUGAUUUUAAUGUCUCUCACACUUCCUAUUAUUAAGAAUUAGUGGAAUAUUGAGCAUGCAAGUGAAGUUGGAGAUGGUGAAUAAUACAUCGAUUCCUCUAGAUACAAAUGGUUGGGAUCUAUUUUCUUCUUAGGAAAUCUCCUUGGGGCACUCUUAACUGGUCCUCUUUCAGAUAAAUUUGGUAGAAGAAAAGUUGUUUUGAUAAAUUCAAUCUCAUAUGGAGUCGUUGCCUUCCUUUUCUUGUUUGUUCAAAGUCUGGGAGAACUUUAUUUUUUGAGAUUUAUUUAUGGAUUUGUGUAUGGAAUUACGCUGCCAAUAUCAACUACUUUUUACUCUGAAAUAACUCCUUAAAAAAUGCGUGGAAAAGGAGUGGUUACAAUAAAUUCAGCCAUUCCAGUAGGGUUAGCAACAGGAGUUAUAAUGGCUGCAAUAGUUUUAAAUGAUACUUCUAGUGGUAAUUGGAGAUUGCUUAUUUCCCUUUCUUGCAUUCCAGCAUUCAUAUUAUUUUAUGGAGCUUAUAAGCAUUUAUUAGAAUCACCUCGUUUUUUAGUUGUAGAUAAAAGAAUUCAAGAAGCUGCAGAUAUUAUGAACUAAAUGAUUACAAUCAACAAAGGAGAUGGCGGAGAGGUUGUCACAGAUGAUGAAAUGGAGUAGCUAGAGAAAUGGAGAGCUCGUAAGUAUGAUCAUUUCUAAGGAAUGACAUAAAUAGAGCAAGUUAAGAAUUAGAUAAGCUUAAUUUAUUUAAAAAUUUUUCAGCUUUUCAAGGAUAAAUACACAUGGAUUUCAAUUUCUUUAUGCGUUUAGUGGUUUGGCAUACAUUUUAUGAGUAUAGGAUAGACUUUUAUUUUGCCAUUUGUCUAAGCUCAAUAAAAGAAGGGUUUUGGUGAUAUGUUGUUGGUUUUUUUCGGAGAAAUACCAGGAGUUAUAAUGACUUUUUUGAUUAUUGAUAGAUAGUACUUUGGAAGAAAAAACUCACUUAUAUUAUUUUUUGGUGGCUGCUUUGUCCUUAACUUGCUUGCAUAUUAUUAAGUUUCUUUCAGUUUUGUUUUAUCAUUAUCAAGAUUCUGUUAUAGAUAAUGUCAUGCAGUGCUUUAUGUUAUUACAAAUGAGAUAUAUGAAACGCCACUAAGAACAACUGGUAUAGGAGUUAAUAGUGCUUUUGCAAGAUUUUCUACUGUUAUUAUGCCUUUCGUCUUGGUAGCUAUAUUUGAUGCAAGUACAUAUGGACCUUUCCUAUGCCUAGCUAUUAUAGGAGCAGUUUGUUCUCUUAUGGCAUACAAAUUACCUUUUGAUACUACAAAUAUAAAAUUAGAUCAUGUUGAUGAAGAAUUAGAAUAAAGAACUCAUCCUCUUGAUGUUGUAAAAGAAGAAAAUAUGAGUUCUAGCCAAAAAUCUAAUAAUAGCCAUUAACCUAAUAAAUAAAAAGAUAUAGAAAUUCCUCUUAUUUAAUAAAAAUGA